AUGUCUCGUCAGCGUCUUGUCUUAGGCCUCCCGCGUGUCUUGCCGUCGCUGCCGCCUUCGCUUGCGCCGCCGUGCGGUCCCUGCGUCGAGGGUCGGCUGCGCGCCACCCCUCACUCCUCCUCCCUUCAUCCGGCCACCGAGCCUUUUGAGACGCUCCACUUGGACGUCUGGGGCCCCGCCUCUCGCCUUGGCCCUGAGCGUGAGCGUUUCUUUCUGGUGGUCGUUGACGACUACUCCCGCUACACCACAGUGUUCCCCCUGGCGAAGAAGUCUGAGGUGACUUCUACGCUGAUCAGGUGGUUGCUUACCACUGAGGACACUCGUGGUCGUCGUGUCAGCUGUCUUCACUCCGACCGCGGGGGUGAGUUUUGCUCCGGCAUUCUCGCUGGAUUCUGUCGCGAGCAGGGCAUUCGUCAGUCCUGGACGCUUCCAGAGUCCCCACAGCAGAAUGGGGUUGCUGAGCGCCGCAUAGGCUUGGUCAUGGAGAUCGCCCGCACCUCCUUGACUCACGCCCGUGCCCCCCAUUUUCUGUGGCCCUACGCGGUUCGGUACGCCGCUCACCAGCUGAACCUCUGGCCACGCGUCUCUCGGCCAGAGGCUUCACCGACCAGUCUUUGGACCAGGUCCCCUGGUGUUGCGUCGCGGUUUCGUGUCUGGGGUUGCUUGGCUCUUGUCCGCGACACCUCCGCAGACAAGCUCUCGCCUCGCGCCGUUCCUUGUGUCUUCCUUGGUUUCCCAGAGGACUCCUCUGACUACACCUUUUACCACCCUCCCUCUCACCGGUUCUUUGACUCCCGUGACGUCCGUUUCGAGGAGUCCACCCCCUACUACGUCAGGUACCCCAGUCGAGGUCUCCCGGUUCCUCCUCCCCCUCUCUUCCUGACUUCCGCUCCCCCUCCUGCUCCCCCGGUACAGCCUUCCCCCCCUGGUCUAGCCCCGUCAGACCCUGCGGGAGCCGGUGUUCGUGGAGACGGCCCUGCAGGUGCUAGCUCUAGAGGGGUUGGUGGUGAGAGCGUCCCUGUGCCGGUUUCUAGUUCUGGGGGUGCUGGAGUUGGAGCUGAGCCCGUGGUUGCAGGAGACUCGUGUCUUCCGGGAGCUGGUGUUGGUCGCGCUGACUCUGGGGGUGCUACGUCUGGGGGUGCGGGUGCGCCCCCUUCGGGUCCUGGUGAGCCUGACGGUGUUGCUGUUGGUGCUGACUCUGGGGGUGGUGCGCCAUGUGCUUUGGAGGCCGGUCCUGGGACUGCCGCAGCCCCGGACACUACUCCUCCCCCCCACCCCAAUCCGACCCGGCUCCAGGCUCGUGUUCGCCGUGCCCGUGAGGAGCAGCUGGAGUUGGAGAGAGAGGAGCGAGAGUUGCAGCAGCAGCAGCAGCAGCAGCAGCCGGAGCAGCAGCAGCUGGAGCCGCCGCAGCAGCAGGAGGUAUAG